GUACUCUUGCAAGGCGGUGUUUUUCGUUCGUGAUUGAAAGUAAGAAUUAGUGAAUCCAGCGGUGAAAAUCGAUCCGGUUCCGCUCACGUGGCGUACCGUAAUCGGUGUCACGUUCGCGACGAGAUCGCGGGUAGCGGCCCUCGCGUCGUUAGGCGGAGUCAUCGGAGAAGGUGGUCACGACGCAACAAACGGUGACGAGUUGUCGAGGAGGUGGCGAGGACGACGGAGGUGGCGGCGACGGUGGAGGUGGCGGUGGCAGCGAGAAGACGCACCCGUAUGCGGCCGCAACCGGUACGAUAGAGGAGGUGGAGGCGCAGGAGGUGGAGGUAGAGGUCGACGAGGUUAAGAUGGAAGCCGAGGACCAUCUCGCCAGGGAAUACGUACAGGAGUUUGUUCUCGAUCAUCUCGAUCCCGCCGACGUCAAACGAGAGGUGCGAAUAAGCUCACCGAUGAUGGUGAACGGUAGCGUGGUGCAGCUACCUGGGCAGGUGCAGACGCAGGGUCUGGCGUUGGCGCCUUUGACGCCGCCGGCGCACGAGUUGGAGCAACCGCAUCCGCUUUACGGGCAACCGCAUAUACAGGUGCAGCACGGAGUCCUGGUGAAGGCACCCCCGGGUACAGCUUCUCACCUAACGACCCUCUCGCAUCCUGGAACACCGCCGGACACGCCUCCGGUCUCGGCCUCGCCGCCGCCGUUGCAGUUGCAUCGCGGCGAACGAGAUUCUCGAGAAAGAGGUAUCUUCUUGCACCUGCAGCAGCCUGGAUCCCUGGUGCAGGAUGAGAUGCAGCCAGGAACCGGAGGGAUGGGCUGGUUGACGCAGUCUCUCAGGCAGGAACCACUCGACCUCAGGCCUCAUUGUCCCCAGGAGCAGACGCCGGAGCAUCAUCACGAGGCUUGGCCUCCAACACCCACGCAUCAUCAUUUCCAGGACCUGCAGCACCUGCAGCGCCAUACCAGGCACACUGGUGGAUACAUCACGAUGUCGGGUCACAUAGAAUACUACGGGGGCGCGGGUGCAGGCGGCGGGAUGCUUCCCGCGGGCGGAAGUGGAAUGUCGGGGAUGGAAGACAGCAUGCAGGGCAUACCGAUGCAACCGGGAAGACCGAUGAGCGUUUGUUCAGUGAGUUCUUGCGGUGCCGGAGGACCUAGUCCUGCGCACAGGACAGGCAGUGGCCUGUACUCGAAUUGCGGCAGUAACAACCCCCAGGAAGAACUCAUGAACGACGAGCUGCUCAUGUCCCUUUCCGUGCGCGAAUUAAACAAACGCCUCCAUGGCUGCCCGCGGGAAGAGGUGAGUCAGGUUGUGCGUCUGAAGCAGAAGCGACGGACCUUGAAGAAUCGCGGCUACGCUCAAAACUGUCGCAGCAAACGGCUGCAGCAACGUCACGAUCUCGAGACGACGAAUCGGAACCUGCAAAACGAACUUCAACGGUUGAAGAUCGAGCUGGCUCGGGUCCAGCAGGAACGCGAUCUCUACAAGCAGCGAUGCGAAAUCCUCAGAACCAGACAGAAUCAUCAUCAUAAUCACAAUCAUAACCAUCAUCAGCAACAGGCGUCGCAACAACAGCAACAACAACCGCAAUCGCAGCAACAUCAGACGCAAAGCCAACAGCAACCGCCGCCUCAGCAACAGCAACAGCCGUCGCAACAGCAACACCAACCAGCGCCUGCUAGCCCCGAAGUUUAUCUGUGACAUCGACAGCGCCGAGGAGGCGCUUGCUGGACCUGAACAGAUCAUCCGUUGAGAGAUCGUGAAAUUCUCGAUCGUGACAUACCUUGGCCGUAGGUUGAAAAAACCAAGCAAGCAACCGAGUAUUCCUUCGAGAAGCAGUUUUUCAAUCGAGAUUUAAGUCCUAAGCACAUCUCUAAGCUCGUCUACGUGUAUAUAGCGCUCAGUUCUCGGUCUUUAUAUUUUUUUCCCCUUUCUUUUUCUCUCUUUACACAGCUUUGUUAAGCCACGGCGAGGGCCUUGACUGUUAAACUGACUUUGUAAAUCGUGUAUGGAGUUACAGCGCAACUAAGGUAUCAUUAGAUUAAAGGUAAUUAGUUCUAUUCGCAUAGGUAUAUGAAUAUAUGCUCGUGGUAGACUGAACGUCUUUGCCAAAUAUUGUACCAAAAAGAGAAAAAAAAAAUAUAUGAGAAUAACUGUACUUUGUCGUAGCGCAAAAAGGAACAGUGACGAAGCUUGCGCGAAGAAACGGUAGCGUUAAGAGGUUCAUCCUAUUUGUUAUUUAAUUUCUAGCCAAUUAAUAAUUUUAAUCGUUCGAUACGAACAAAUCGGUUUGGAUAGCCUUCGUUGCUGCCUGUCGUCUUUGCUACUGUUCGCGUUUUAAAGUACAUAUACAGCGUGAUAUGAAAAAUGGGUCAAUACAUUUGCAGGUAUAUAGUAUAUAAACAUGUAUAAGAAACAUUUAAUUAACCUCUAAUUGCUUCUUAAUUAAUCGGAGAUAUGUAGAGUCUCUGUACUAAUUUAAUUUCAGUAUUUGUUUCUUGAUAAUUAUACUUUUAAACGUGUGUACAAAUGAAACGAAGAAUUGAGAAAUUUUACAGAGUAGAUGGUAAGCAAACAAUACGUUAAAAAUUCAACCAUCAGCCAUGAAAAUGUUUAAUGUUAUUUUUUUUUUGUCACUUGAACACCUUGUUUAUAGAACUCGUAAUUAUUUGUCAAAUCUUAAAGAGAUAAAUCCGUAGCACAAGAUAUGAUAAAAAUGAUACACGAGAAAAAGAUAUCCAUAUUGUAUUUUUAAAAUUAUCAAGGGCUUUGAAAAACCUAAUAUUUUUUUACUAAUUUUGAUAAAGAAAUAAAUAUAAUUAACACGAUUAAAACAACUACGUUUCAUUUUAAAAUAUAAAACGACGUUUUAUUUACACUCCAGAUCCGAUCGCGUUUUAACAUAAAAUGCAAUUAUUUUUUUCUCUUUGAAAUACUAAAAUUGGCGGCAAAUGUUUACAGUUAUAAGUAGAAUUAAUUAAAUUAUACGUAAGUUGCGGUACGUAGGAUUUUAUAGUUUCAUUUUUGAUUCGUUUUAACUCGAACAAGAGAAGGAUCGACGUUUUUUCAAAGCAAAAUUCUUAUUUCAAAUUCGAGAUUUUCCUAGCGUAGAAUUUUGCAAAUUUUUAUAUUUCGCGUCACGUUCUAUGAUAGUUCGUACAACAUACAGUGCUGUGAAUAAUUAUAAAAUGAAAUAACAACAUAGUUAAUAAGAAGUUUGGUAUCACUUUCCUUUUAUCGUUUCUAACAGCCGUUUCCGUGCAUACUAUUUAUCAGUUUGUCUAAAAUGUAUCGAGUAAUUUCCGUCCAUCUAUAUUUUAAUACUUUUAUAAAUUGUAGUUUUGCGAAUCCAUCUUAUCGUUCUGCGUUUCUUUGCAAUGCAUCUCGCAAAUUGAUUGGGUUCGAAUCAAGAUUUUGAGGUAGUUAUUAUCUUACAAAAAUUGUGAGAAAAUUUUAGGUUGGAAGAUAAACGCCCUAUGAUUUUCGAAUUGUUCUAUAGAAGAAAUUAAAUUUAAAAAAUUCUAUGUAGUUUAUUACAGACAAUGUUCCUUUAAUAAUUAUUUUUCUAAAUACUAUAUGCCUCCAAUUCGUUCGACCCUGGAUCACCCUGUAUUUAAGAAUAAUUAAUUGACGUCCAAGUUCGAAAGUGGUUUCGAUCGUUCCUUAUCGUUUAUCGGUAUUAAUUUUUACAUAGUCACGCGCGUGUAAUACAGCGUCCUUGAACUCGUGCAUCGUGGCAGCACCGAAGAUACAUUUGAACGACGCGUUCUAUAAAUUUAUACUUCCGAGCGAAUAGUGGAGAAUGUUUUAGGGACUUGUACCGGUUAAAAAUCGGUUGUACUGUCGUAAUCCUCAUAAAAAUCGAAAUAUCGAAAAAUACUGGUAUUAUUUUCGGUUUCUCUAUUUUGUUACCAUUUCUCAAGAUUUUUUUUAAGUAGAGAUCUAGAACCGGUACUAUUUUUUUAUCGUAAUUGGCACCAGUUUUACUAAGACUGAUAUAAUACCGAAGUUUCUGUAUACCAAAAUAAUUAUCAUCUUUUGACGAUGGAAACAUUGUAUUCCAAAACGUUGCCACAUUUAGAUUAUCGUAUACUAGAAUGGAAUUGUAGACUUGAAAAUAAAGUGGAAUAUAAAGAAACGAAGAUCGGUCCUCGAGUUUGGUGAUAAUUUUUAUUUCGUUUUUCGGUAUUACAUCGGUUUCAAAAUCGCUGAUAUAACAACGGUACGAAAAUCAUACCGGUAUCGAGUCCCUGUUUUAGGCAAGGGCCAAGUUUUCGUUGAAUGGAGUAGCCGAAAAGGCGGAUAAUUUAGGCGAUCGCUUUCUGUUUCGUUUCGACGUCGAAUCGUGAAGAAUUCGAAACUGAUCAUCGAUUGAUCGAUGGGAUCUGCUUCUACUUAGUACCUACGAUGUUCGAACGCGUGUGCAAGCAUGGCUGCGAGUGUCUGUUUUCUUAAGGGGUGGUCGCGGCGAACCUGUGGGGUCAUCAAUUUUUUUUCGAACUGUUUCCGGCGAUUCCAGAGCAAAAAUAAGUAGACACGUAUCCGAGCUUUUUUGUCAUUUAUUUAUAAAGAUAUUUAACAUUUAAUUUAAAAAAUUUUGUGUUACGCGUAGUUUACAUAGGAGUUGAAAUUCUUUUUCUACUUAUUUUUGCUUUAGAAUUAUCGGGAAAAAUUUGAAAAGAAUCGACGACAGAUGCAACCUCUCCUUGUUAGAAAUUGCGUAACAAAGACGUGUCGGUACAUUUUCGUACCGGCACCAGACGAACGGUGAUAUCGUUUUUUAGUACUUAUGGCACAAAAUGAUCUGUAUACGGUAGCUCUACAAAUUAUCGUCUCUUCUGUUUCUUUUCUAAGGGAUGUUUGAACGAGAGGGGGCUGCGUUGUUUUUCUCUGUGCUAUACAGCGGCGUAAAUUUUGCGACGAGAGCGUACUCGACAAUCGUCCUCGUUGUCGCGUAGUAAAUGUUAAUUAAUAGAUUUUCAACGAAAUCUAUAUUUUCUUCUUUAUUUCUUCUCACAGCAGCUUGUUUUAUUUCGUACUAUUUCUUUGGGGUUGUGCAAGAAUACAGGCGAAGAGGUUGAUACAAAAAUUACGCCACUGUCUUAUCGAAUUACAUAUGAAGCAUAUAUAUUAUUGUUUUGUCGCGUUGGAUUAUGGUCCUAUACGAUUUAAGAAUCUUUUAA